AUGCCCCCCAAGUCAGUUGCUUCGCCUCGCAGGCUGGAAUUCAAAUCAUUCCAAGAUUGGAAUGGUGAUCAUCCUUCACAGACCUUGAUCUUCCACUCCUCCUCUGUAUGGUGGAUCCAAGUUGAGAUAGCUUGGUCUCUACCAAAGUCAAUACUGAAAUUACGCUAUCUCAAGCGCCGCUCUAUGUUUCAGGAAUUCAUGAAGGCUAUUGACUUUGAUCAAUUAGAUCUGGUGGAUGAUACUGUGACUCGUAUCAGUCUCACCUUGGCUGAGCAAAGCCUUAAGCCGAUUCCGAUUCGUAAGGUUCGGAAUGAUAAUCAGACAGAGGCAAAUUUCUUUUUAUCUAUUGCCCAUCGAAUGUCCGUCCAGAUUGAAGAAGACCCGGGGAGAAUUAGAUACCCGACUCUAGACCAAGUUCAAGAUCUACCUAUCUUUAAGGCUAGUGAUCUAAAAGACGACGAGGUCAUCGCCCCAACCGUCUCCACAGUCCAUUUCAGCCAAAAACGGUUCGCAUACAAAAAGAUAGACCGCCCUAUCUAUGAACUAGGAGACACAGAACAUAUCUUGAACGAGAUUACCGCCCUCGCACAAUUUCGAGGACAGCAGAGUAUCGCACAGCUAAUCGGGCUUGUGAUAUCUGAUAAUCCGUACAAUACCCGCCCAUCAACAAUCUCGUCGCCUACUGGUAGAGCAUUGGAAAUGUUGCACAGACAGCGAUGGACUCAUCUUGACAUCAAACCAUCGAAUAUCGUUUUUGACGCGAAUAAGAAUGCGAUCCUUGUCGAUAUUAGUGGAACUGGUGGGUAUGAAUGGGAAUGGCUCUCUCCAGAGAUGCAAAAGAUCAUUGAAAGAAGCAUUGCGACGGCUCCUGCUACGACGUCACCCGAGCAACGCAUCGCUACAGACUGUUGGGCUUAUGGAAAACUACUUUCGAUGAUGGCCAGGAAAUUGGGCGCCGGUAGUUUCGGUGAAAGGUUACGAUCUAUCGGCGAUGACCUGACAAAGAUGGAUCCAAAAGCUCGCAUUUCACUAAGCGACGCUCUCGAAAGGAUAUGA